AUGGCGAGAGGCGCCUCCCAGGCUCAUCCCAAGGCGUGGUCCCGCCUUGAAGAGGUUCCAUCAGUGGACCCGGANCAAGGAGUUAUAAAAUGCCAGAUGGAAGAAAUUGCUCAUAUUGAUCUUAGAACUGAACUAGAACCAAGGAAAGAAACAACUCUGUUUGAUAAACCAACUAGAGGAACUACUGUUCAAAAAUUCAAAGAGAUGGUCUAUGAGCUUUUUAAAGCAAAACUGGGAGAACAAGGAAAUCUUCCUGAAUUGGUUAAUCUCAUCUUGACUGUGGCUGAUGGGAAUAAAGAUGGCCGUGUUUCCUUGCCAGAAGCAAAGUCAGCAUGGGAACUUCUCCAGUUAAAUGAAUUCCUGCUCAUGGUAAUUCUCCACGAUAAAGAACACACUCCCAAAUUGUUGGGGUUUUGCGGAGAUCUUUAUGUGAUGGAAAAAGUUGAAUAUACCUCUCUUUUUGGAAUAAUCCUUCCGUGGAUUUUAGAACUUUUCAUUCCUUUUGGUUUCAGAAGGAGCAUGGAUCAAUGGUUUACUCCGUCGUGGCCGAGAAAGGCAAAAAUAGCUAUAGGGCUUCUAGAAUUUGUGGAAGACAUUUUCCAUGGACCGUAUGGAAAUUUUCUCAUGUGUGAUAUGAGUGCCAAAAACCUGGGCUAUAAUGAUAAAUAUGACUUAAAAAUGUUGGAUAUGAGAAAAAUAGUGCCAGAAAUGAAUUUAAAAGAACUUAUUAAAGAUCGUCACUGCGAGUCUGACCUGGAUUGCAUAUAUGGCUCCGACUGUAGAACUGUAUGUGACCAAAGUAAAAUGAAAUGUACUACAGAAAUAAUUCAGCCAAAUUUAGCAAAGGUGUGCCAUUUGCUUAAAGACUAUCUGCUUCUCGGGGCUCCUUUAGAAAUACAUGAAGAAUUAGAGAAACAAUUGUACUCUUGCAUUGCCCUGAAAGUUUCAGCCAAUCAGAUGGAAAUGGAACAUUCUUUAAUACUCAAUAACUUGAAAACUCUAUUGUGGAAGAAAAUAUCUCAUACAGAUGAUUCUUAGGUGCUUUGUCUCAGAAGAAGAUGCAGUUGCUGCUGUAGGAGCUGACCACUUUUUAUGAAACAUACUUUAUAGUUUUUGAAACAUUUGUUGUCCUCAUCUUUUAUCAGUUCUCUUUCGAACUUCCCCAAUCGAAGAGUUAUAUGUGUACUUUAAAUGUAUGCCUGUCAGACUACUGAAGCCAUAUGGCUACAACACUCCUGGCUGGAAAGAAUACUAAUUCCCUGUUACCCUUUUAUCCUUCACUGGCUUAAGAGAUUUCAUAAGAGCCUUCUGUUGGUUAGAAUUCAUUCUGUUUCUUUAGAAACUUACUAAAAGCCAAAUUUAUACAUAUGGAGAGAGCAUUUGGUAUAAUCCCAGGAAAUCCAUUCUAUAGAAUUUAUAAAGUCACAUGUAUUCAACUGAAUAAUUUCCUAAAUGUAAAAAAAAAUCUAGCAUUUGAAAUCUAUCCUACCCUUUUCCCUGAUGUAUUAGUUAUUAAAAACUGGGAAUUCUUGAAGGAGGACAGUAUAAAAACACCGAUUGCACUUCCAUUUCUAAAUAAUAGCUAAGGAGAGCUACUCAAGAACCUCUGCAUCAUGAGAUACUUCCAGUUAGCCAAGCUGCUUCAUCUGGCUGUGGAGGACCCUCCCACUUAGAUCCAGCAGACCCUCCACCCUUCGAAUAAAUGUAUUUGUACUUCCUUUUGAGAACAUCCCAAGCACCAAACUGCUCCCUGGGAAAGUACUGUUCCCUAUGCUUUGUUUGCCCUGUAUCAUUAGCAAAGGGAAAAGUUAGAAGAAAUGGGACAGGAUAGGUGAAGUUGGCUGUGUGGGUUAUCAGUUUAAAGCAUUCUUAGAUGCCAUUUUUGUAAAUGCUGGUUACUUUAUGAACGAAUUCCUGGUGACUCAAACAAGCUUCUCAUUUGAAUUAAAUGUGUGUAAGGGGAAGAACUUUGUCCCUAAACUGUGAUAUCAUUUAGUCCAAGUAGAUGAAGGAUUGAUUGUAUCUAGGGACCUACUCUUGUUCCAAAGCUAUCACCUUGCAGACAUGAUAAGAAGUUUCCUUAUGUUCUUUUGACUUACUAUAUCUUUAUUUUGUGUUCUUGCUUCCCCUCAAAAAGAUACAAAAUGUAUUGUGCUUUUAAAAAGUUCUGAAGUGUGAUUUUUAAAAUUCUGAAGUUUCUUUACAAUCAUCAACCUGAAGAAUCCAUCACUAUUAGAUUACUUUUUAAAAAUAAUAUUUUGGGGAUUGUCUAUUAAUUUUAGCAUGGCAGAAUUUGCACAUUAGUAAUUUUUAGAGAAAAUUAAUGUGAUAAUUGCAAAUGUUUUAAAAUGGAAGUUUUUCAAACCAGAACUUUUUGUUAGAUUUUUACAUUUGUAUACACAUUUACCUCAUACAUACAUUUAAUGUUAGUAAGUUUGCUAAAUUUCCUAGUUAAAAAUAGCCGUUGUAUCAUUCUAGCAUUUAAGGAUUUUUAAGUUGCAUACACAAUCAUGCACACACUAGCAGCAAUAUGAAAUAUAAGAUUCAAUAAACUUCAGUAAUCAGUUGGAUUAUAUGAACACAUUUAUUAAAAAGUAUUAAGCAUUAUACAUUUGAAAGUAAGAAGUCAAAGAGAUCCCUAAGCUCCAGAGUUUUAAUGCAAUCAAAUGAUUGAGUCCUCAUUUUUUAUCAGCAAAGUAUUUAAAUCAUAAUGAACAAUCUCACCAAAAGAAAGCCUAUCCAACAGUUAAAUUCUAUGUAUCACUGUCCUGAAGUAAUUUCAGUAUUGUAAUUGUAAGGUGGAAGAUUUCUAUUGGGAGUUAAUCAUAUUUGUUCCUUCAACCAUCAAACUGUUUGAUUUCACCAUAUGCACUUUGGAAACUAGAAUAUUACAUUCAAGCUGAUUUUGUAAGAAUGUAUAGGUUUGUUUUCAUACUAUGUGAUGAGCUAAUUUCUAAAGUGCCAUUUGUCUUAAGCUAAUGAAUAUUGGUUUUGGCAUUGCUUACAAAACAACAAAAUGAAAUACAGCAGUGAUAAGAUACAUGUUUUCACCACUACCCUUCUUGGACUUUUUUAAAAAAAUAUUAUGUAGUACUUUCCAUUUCUUUUAUGUGUUUUUCUCAGGACUACAUAGUCCCCAGUUCUAGAAAGAAAUGAUAACUUUUAUCACACAUGGAUAAUCUUUGGAAUCUUAUUUAGCACCUAGCUAGUUAAUAAAUUACAUUAUUCAAUGUAAUUGUUUAGCAGACUUCUUCUUAAAUACUUGGGCAUGUUCCUCUUGACACUAAUUCACCUUUAGCUUUUGACUUGAUUCAGUUUUGUUUUAGAAGACAAGAAAAUGACAAAAAUUAUUGACAAUGUCACUUUUUGAAAUCAACAAAGUAUUCUUUUUUAACCUCUCAAACAUGCACUUAUAAAGACAAAAGAACUGUUGUUCCCUGUAUAAUGUGUGACAUUAUUUGCUUUAGGGUCUUGUACAUUUUUGCCUUCUAUAAAUAUUUUUACUAACAGUUUUCUUGCACAAUGUCCACUUUGUUUUUAAAUUGACAAAGAGAGCAUUUAUUAGUGGUACCAAUAAACAUUCUUAAAUCUUAAUAAGGAAACCCAUGGUGAGUAAGUCUGAAUGUCAAUAGUUACAGUCAUUGCUCAGUGGAAAAAUAUAUAUUUGAAAGUUUGGAAUAAUGGGAUUUGUUAGCAAUGCAGUUUGUACUGUAUUUUAUUUUGAUUGCUGUUACACCACUUUCAGGUUUUUAUUUCAAAUAUGAACUGUUUACAAUAAAUUGAAACUAUUUCCC